CGAUCCCCCACGGGCGCACCCGACUCGAAGUCGAGCUCGAGGUAACUUCCAUCCAUCCUUCCCUCCCAACACACGCUUGCUCGUCGAGCAUCUGACAGCCCACCCUGCUGACCGCAUGCCCCAUUUUACCACCGCCACACAGUUCGUCCAAUGCCUCUCGAACCCCUUCUACCUCAGCUACCUAGCGCACACCAAAGUCCUCGACGACCCGCGGUUCAUCCGCUACCUCGAGUACCUCGAGUACUUCCGCAAGCCCGAUUAUGCACGUCUGCUUACAUACCCAGUCUACUCCCUCGCGGCGCUCACCCUCCUGCGCCAACCGCAGUUCCGCAACGAUAUUGCGAAUCCCGCACUCGCGCAGGAGAUGAUGCAGGAUAUGGUCGCGAGCUUCUUGCCGUCGCCCGCUGCUGCCGUGGCCGCAACAGCGCCUGCGGCAGAACCGGUAACAGUACUGGUGCCCGCCGUUAAGGAGAAUGGGGGGGUGGGGGUGAAUGUGAAUGUGAAUGUGAAUGUGAAUGUGAAUGGGGCUUCUACUUCUGCUUGAUACUUGAUUUCUGGCUGGCUGGGUUGUAAGGCGUUGGGAGU